AUGAAUGAUACCCUCCAGCGGUACCGGCAAUGCUGCUACAGCGCAAAAGACAGCGGUCCUCUUGAGGAUGGGCCACAGACCUUGUACCAAGAAGUCUCAAGGUUAAGAGCAAAGUGUGAGACUCUUGAACGCUGUCAAAGGAAUUUUCUUGGAGAAGAUCUUGAACCACUUACCGUGAAGGAGUUGGAGAAGAUUGAGAAACAGCUGGAAAAGACUCUUUCACAAGCCAGGCAAAAGAAGAUAGAGGUGAUGGUUGAUAGAAUAGAAGAGUUACGUAAAAAGGAACAAGAUCUUGCAGAAGAAAACGAACAGCUCAAGAUUAAGCUAGAGGAAGUUCAGUGUCUUCCAGCUAUUCAAGUUGCACGAGACCCGAGCAAGGCAGGUGGAAAUAAGCAGACUAGGCUGCACCAUUCCAAAUCCAUCUAUGUUGAACCUCAACCCAUUUUACUGAUGGAUCGGCACCAUCAAUUUGUUUCCCAAGGACAAGGUGUUGAUGCCAGGAUUAAUAUUCCAGGGAAGAAUAACCCUACUCUAGAUAACCAAUGUCUUGAGCAUUACAAAUCAGCACUUGAUGUUUCGUUAAUUCUUGCGGAAGACAUGGGAAACCUGCAAGAAUCUUUGCUUCUUCUUGGUGACGAUUACUUUGAAAUCUUUUGCGUCGAUAUAACUCUGUAUGGAUUUCAUACAAUCUUGCAAUCAAAAUGUUCUCUUGCUACAGAACAGAACAGAGUUUUCGAAGGGGUCUCUGUAGUCCAGACACCCUCUGAUGAGAAGCGAUUAAGAGAAGCUCUUCCAUUUGCAAAUGCCUGCGGUUCUGUCGCAGUGACAGAGAGAGGUGCAAUCCCUGCACUACCCAAAAAGGAUGCAGUCCUUGAAACUCCUAGGGAAAGUCUCUCCAAGAUGAAAAGCAUAAUAGACAUAAAAUCAAUCCUCAGAAUGAAACUAGCAGCUGGACCAAAGAAAGCAGGUUGGUGCGAUAUCGUUGCUAUUAGUGCAUUGGCCUUGGAAGCAGCAACGAAAGUAGCUAAGGAAGAGGAAGAAAUUAAGCAGAAGUUGUGCGAACUGCGAAGACUUAAAUCAGCUGGUGAAGGAUCUUCUCUAAAUGAAGAUCAGUUGCAGUCUCUCGUAGUCACAUACUUGUGUGGUGCAGAAAGAGAAGGAAAAGGCAAAGCAGGAGAAAUGGCAGUACAAGCACUUGUGUCAUCGUCUCUUACAUCUUCAGUGGAAACUGCAAGGCAAAUACUAGGAGCAAGACCGACCCAAUCACCGUUUGUGUCCACAAGGAAAAGCUCUUCUUUUGUUGUUAGAGCAGCUUCGACCCCUCCUGUUAAGCAAGGAGCAGACAGACAACUCUGGUUUGCAUCGAAACAAAGCCUGUCUUACUUGGACGGCAGCCUUCCAGGUGACUACGGGUUCGAUCCACUUGGCCUUUCAGACCCUGAAGGCACAGGAGGGUUCAUUGAGCCAAGAUGGUUAGCCUACGGAGAGGUCAUCAACGGACGAUAUGCCAUGUUGGGAGCGGUUGGUGCCAUUGCACCGGAAAUUCUUGGCAAGGCUGGACUCAUACCGCCGGAGACCGCCCUUCCUUGGUUCAAGACUGGGGUCAUCCCACCGGCGGGGACAUACAACUACUGGGCAGAUCCAUACACACUGUUUGUGUUCGAGAUGGCACUCAUGGGAUUCGCAGAGCACAGGAGAUUUCAGGACUGGGCAAAUCCAGGCUCCAUGGGCAGGCAGUACUUCUUGGGGCUUGAGAAAUAUUUGGGAGGGUCUGGAGAUCCAGCCUACCCGGGCGGACCCUUGUUUAACCCGCUAGGGUUCGGGAAAGAUGAGAAGUCGUUGAAAGAUUUGAAGUUGAAGGAGGUGAAGAAUGGUAGGUUGGCUAUGUUGGCCAUCUUGGGUUACUUUAUACAGGGUCUUGUGACUGGUGUCGGACCAUUCCAAAACCUACUGGAUCACUUGGCCGAUCCUGUCAACAACAAUGUCUUGACCAGCCUCAAAUUUCAUUAG